CCGAACGCACUUCUUCGGCGCCUUUUAAGCUCGACACCUGCUCCAAUACUGGCAUCUAAAUCGAAACCGAAGGCUACCUCCGCAGAUGCCUUAACAUCAAAAGACGCGGCUGCGCUGACAUCGGCAGAAGCGCUGACAUCUGCAGAAGCACCGACUUCGGCAGAAGCGCUGACAUCUGCGGAAGCACUGACAUCGGCAGAAGCGCUGACAUCAACUGAUGCGGACGCGCUGACAUCUGCAGAAGCACUGACAUCGGCUGAAGCGCUGACAUCAGCGGAAGCACUGACAUCGGCAGAAGCGCUAACAUCAACUGAUGCGGAAGCACUGACAUCGGCAGAACCGCUGACAUCAACUGAUGCGGACGCGCUGACAUCUGCAGAAGCACUGAUAUCGGCAGAAGCGCUAACAUCAACUGAUGCGGAAGCACUGACAUCGGCAGAAGCGCUGACAUCUGCGGAAGCACUGACAUCAACUGAUGCGGAGGCGCUGACAUCGGCAGAAGCGCUGACGUCAACUGAUGCGGAGGCGCUGACAUCGGCAGAAGCACUGACGUCAGCCGAUGCCGAAGCGCUGACAUCGGCAGAAGCACUAACAUCGACUGAUGCGGAGGCGCUGACAUCAACUGAUGCGGAGGCGCUGACAUCAGCAGAAGCACUGACGUCAGCCGAUGCCGAAGCGCUGACAUCGGCAGAAGCACUAACAUCGACUGAUGCGGAGGCGCUGACAUCAACUGACGCAGACGCGCUGACAUCAACUGAAGCGGACGCGCUGACAUCAGCCGAUGCACUAACGUCAACUGAUGCGGAUGCGCUGACAUCGGCAGAAGCACUAACAUCAACGGAUGCGGAGGCACUAACAUCGGCAGAAGCACUGAUAUCUACUUUUGCGGAUGCGCUGGCAUCGGCAGAAGCACUGACAUCCAGUGAUGCGGAUGCGCUGACAUCGGCAGAAGCACUAACAUCUACUGAUGCGGAGGCGCUGACAUCAGCUGACGCAGAGGCGCUGACAUCAACUGAUGCGGAGGCGCUGACAUCGGCAGAAGCACUGAAAUCAACGGAUGCAGAUGCGCUGACAUCGGCAGAAGCACUGACUUCAACAGAUGCAGAUGCGCUGACAUCGGCGGAAGCACUGACAUCAACGGAUGCAGAUGCGCUGACAUCCGCAGAAGCACUGACAUCGGCAGAAGCACUGACAUCAACGGAUGCAGAUGCGCUGACAUCGGCAGAAGCACUGACAUCAAAUGAUGCGGUGGCACUGACAUCAACAGAUGCGGAAGCGCUGACAUCGGCAGAAGCGCUCACAUCAACAGAUGCAGAUGCGCUGACAUCCGCAGAAGCACUGACAUCAACGGAUGCAGAUGCGCUGACAUCGGCAGAAGCACUGACAUCGGCAGAAGCACUGACAUCAACGGAUGCAGAUGCGCUGACAUCGGCAGAAGCACUGACAUCAACUGAUGCGGAGGCGCUGACAUCGGCGGAUGCACUGACAUCAACGGAUGCGGAGGCGCUGACAUCGGCAGAAGCACUGACAUCAACUGAUGCGGAGGCACUGACAUCGGCAGAUGCGGAAGCGCUGACAUCGGCAGAAGCGCUGACAUCAAUAGAUGCAGAUGCGCUGACAUCGGCAGAAGCACUGACAUCAACUGAUGCUGAGGCGCUGACAUCGGCAGAAGCACUGACACCAACGGAUGCAGAUGCGCUGACAUCAGCAGAAGCACUCACAUCUGCAGAUGCAGAGGCGCUGACAUCGGCAGAAGCACUGAUAUCAACUGAUGCGGAGGCGCUGGCACUGAUACCAACUGAUGCGGAUGCACUGAUAUCGGCAGAAGCACUGGCAUCAAGUGAUGCGGAUGCGCUGAUAUCUGCAGAAGCACUGGCAUCAAGUGAGGCGGAUGCACUGAUAUCGGCAGAAGCACUGGCAUCAAGCGAUGCGGAUGCACUGAUAUCGGCAGAAGCACUGGCAUCAAGAGAUGCGGAUGCACUGAUAUCGGCAGAAGCACUGGCAUCAAGCGAUGCGGAUGCACUGAUAUCGGCAGAAGCACUGGCAUCAAGCGAUGCGGAUGCACUGAUAUCGGCAGAAGCACUAGCAUCAAGUGAGGCGGAUGCACUUAUAUCGGCAGAAGCACUGGCAUCAAGUGAUGCGGAUGCGCUGAUAUCGGCAGAAGCACUGACAUCAAGUGAUGCAGAUGCACUGAUAUCGGCAGAUGCACUAGUAUCAAGUGAGGCGGAUGCACUGAUAUCUGCAGAAGCACUGACAUCCAGUGAGGCUGAUGCACUGAUAUCGGCCGAAGCACUGGCAUCAAGUGAGCCGAUGCACUGAUAUCGGCUGAAGCACUAGCAUCAGUGAGGCGGAUGCGCUGAUAUCGGCAGAAGCACUCACGUCAAGGGAUGCGGAUGUACUGAUAUCGGCAGAAACACUGGCAUCAAGUGAGGCGGAUGCACUGAUAUCGGCCGAAGCACUGGC